AUGACGAAGCACGGAGUUCCGCUCAACACCCUUAAGGACUGUCUCCAGUUCCUGGAGUGGUUGAAAAAUAAUGAUGGUAAGCAAGGGGAGGUGGCCAACAAUUUGUGCGAACGGAUUAAACACUAUUAUCAGAAGGAGGCUAACACUCUUGCUGUAGACGUUAAAGAGGGCUUGUCCCCGUUCCUCAACAAGGUCUCGACGUUCUAUAAUAAGCUGGCCACAAAUGCUGUUGCCGGCAACCAUGAUGGUAAAGGCGCAACGGAAGUCACCGAUGCGCUUCUGGAGUGUAUCCCAAAAUUUCUUGCUGCCAUUUACUUCUUGCAGUAUUGCAUAAAUAUCACCUUCUCAGAACUUGGCGGUGGUGGAUGGAAGUACGAUUAUCCGGGAUACGAUGAGGGAUGGACGUACGUGUGGUGGCGGGCCAAGUCUGUGAGUGGCGGUGACCUUGCUAAAUAUCUCUACGCGAAAACCGACGACGCAAAGUAUGGCAAAAUCCCCGGGUUGAUACCCGGAGGCUUCAGUAAAAACGAGGUGAAAUAUAAGCAAUUUGCGGGGUACUAUGCCUAUUCCCAAGGUACUGAAAUGUAUCUGGACCUAGAAGCCAUUGUAAAAAAGAACCCCUACAAUUUCUUUCGUAGCGUCUUUGUCAGCUCCGCCAUUGGCAAUUCAGCGCAUCGUAACGAGAGCACCGCUAACGCUCUCUCGCUGGUGAGAACCUUUUGCGAUAUAGUGGAAAAAGAGACAGACAAAGAGAAGGGCGGUACAUUAUUAACGAAAUUGGAAGAAGGCCUUAGAAAGUUGGGGAUCCAAAAUUCUAUAUGUUGGCAAGACCUAAAAGAACAUUGUGCUAAACUUAUGGAGAAACUCCGCACACUUUUCAACACGCCGAAACGCUUCGACUUCACCGGCCAGGCGACGGGACUUAAAGAACUUAAGACAGAGGAUCUUGCAGGGAAAGCAGCGGAUUGGUUAAGAGAGAAUCUGACCAAAGUGCGGGGUAAAUUGGAUCAAAUUGAUACAAGUGACCCUGUCAUCUCCAAGCCCGACAAGAAAGAUCUUGGCGCAUACUUCACCAAAAACUUCUUCCCCUACGGAUUCACGUUUGAUGGCAAAUAUCGCUACAUAAAGUCACAAAGGGAUCUGAAGGAUUUGAUGAGGGAUUGGAGUAGUGUGAUCGGUGACCUUAAGCAACGGACUGGCAGCGAUUUGGAGAAGCUUAAAGAAAUCUUGGAAGGUAAAAUAAGAACAUCGUGUCCCGAUACCCCCAAGGAAGUUGUGCCACCCAAAAAGCCUGAGGUCCCGCCUGCCAAGAAUCAUGAAGGGAAUCAAAAUCAAGGCAAGAAAGGUGAGGGAGCACAGGACCAGGGCAAGAAGGCGGAGGGAGCACAGAACCAAGGCAAGAAGGCGGAGGGAGCACAGAACCAAGGCAAGAAGGUGGAUGCAAUUCCUCCAACUCCACAAGUUACAGGCUCUGCUCCACCUCCUUCUUCCGGUGCUCCAGGAGAUGCAGGCCCAAAAGGAGCUCCAGGCCCGCAAGGGCCUCCUGGUCCAGGGGGUCCGGGGUCUACAAGUCAAACGGUCCCAGGACAUUCUCAGCCUACAAUUACACCAGUUCAACAACCUCAGCCUCCCCCUCCGCCGCCUGCUCCCAGUCCCGCUGCAGCCCCUGGCCACCCUGGUCAGCCAGGUGGCGCGGUUCCAUCUUCAACGUCCGUUGACACUCCAGGUUCACAGCCUGGUUCCCCUCAAGUCACUGUGCUUAAUCAGACUACAGGUGUUUCAGGUUCAGGCACUGGGCCAAGUGGUGGGCAAGAUGUUGGUGGAAUGGCUGGCCCACCAAGUGGUCAAGUUGUUAGUCAAGGCACCGAUCACAGUUCAAGCAGCGUCACUACUGUUUCGGGUGCCCCGGCGGCUGGUGGAGGUGGGAGUGGAGAUAGAGGGGGUGGGGGGCUAGGGAGUUCGGGAACGACAAAAGAUCGGUCUUUUCCGGCUGCGCCUCCAGCUAAGCCUACUACAAUAUGCGAUGCUAAUUAUCUUCUGAACCUAGAUGCCGGUAAAAAUCCAUUCUGUGUAGUAAAACCUCAGAAGUCAAAGCCGGACCCCAUACGUUUUAGCAGAUCGGAUGAGCAACUCGCUUCCGAACACUCUCCCCUGCCUACUGCCAUCCGUCCAGGUCAUAGGCGUCCAUACUUUGUUCCACAGGAGAGGGAUGCCAGGCAGGUAGAAAGGGACGCUUCAAUUGAAACAUUUGCAGAUGGUAGAGAAGUAGAGGAGAAAGAUGCUUAUCCAAUGAUUAUGAAUGACGCAUAUAGUGGCGCCAUCAGUCUCGACGGUAAUGCAAAAUUCGACAAUGCUAACGAUUAUCGUCAACUGCUUGACGAGCAGAAGCGUCAAGAGGCGCAUAACCAAUUGGAGCAACAUUACGCUGAGCAACACAAACGUACAAAACAGGAUGAUGAACGUAGAUGGAAGGACGCUUAUGUUGAUUUUGUUUCAUCCGUCAGCGGCGACCCGAUUGACUAUACCUACCAGGCCGGCGCGUUGGAAGGGAACGUUAUGCCCGAGUUCUCAGGUCUUAUACCGCAGCCAGAUACCUUACAUGAUCAGAUUUUGGCGGAUUAUGACAAUCGUAUGGCUCAACGAAACCAGAAGUUGAAAGAACUGACCGCUGCGAAUGAACAUGAAAAUCGUAUCAUCACCGCCAUGCAAGACGAUCACAAACGAAUCGUCUCCGAUGCUCUUGCAGCCGCAGCAGAAUCAAAAGUAAAGGAAGAAGAAUAUUAUGAAGCAUUUUCUAAUCCCCUUAUGGGAACUCCUGUCUCGGAUCAAUCCCUGAUGUCUCUGAAGUCCGGCAAUUACGGUGUUCAACCGCCUAUGGGGGACUUUACCGGGAUGCCCAUAUUAGACCCCGAGCUGGCAUCUUCUUCAAUGCCCAAGGUUGAAUUGGAACCUGCCUUGCCAACACCUCCGAUAGACAUCGAAGUUAGGAACUUCAAUUCGCAAGAUAAUGUUUUAAAGUCUGAAAUCACCCGGACACGCCCACCACCUAUAAUCCAUCCCAUUGAUCCGGCCUCGCCGUAUGAUACGUAUCCCGGCCUGCCUCCGGUGUCCCCACCGCCAGACCCCAACUCUGAUACCGAGGCAGACUACAAUCAUCCGAGUAAUUGGGGAAAAUUUAAGAAUCACGGUUUAUAUAUGUUUCCUAACCCGGAUAUGUGUAAUGAUCCUUGGAAUUACGUCCCCGAUUCCUCCACCACUACCAUAACUCCAACCCCCUCCCCUCCCCCGGGCUCCGACCAUCUGCCCCAGCCAAACACCGUCAGGGAAAUGCUUUGCUGGUUGGUCGGCUUGAAUAAAAAUGGGUACAUUCCGUUCAUCGAAGAGCAUCUUAAGAACCUUCUGAGGGAGCGUGACAAUGAUGUCUCACAGUCUCCAGAUGCCCUCGAGGUCACCGGGAUGCCCUCUCAGCUGACCGCUUCCCAUGUCUCCAACACUCUGACCGAGGCGUGUCACUACGCGGCCAACGUUCUCCACAAGAUGAAGUAUAAGGACUCCAAGGAUGCUCCAACAACUCUAAACUUCAAAUCAGUAUAUUGUCAUCUUCGUUAUUCCGACGACCCCGCUCGCCUCCUCUGCCAGCUCCGGGACUAUGCCUACGCCUGCUGCCACCAGUUGGCGUUCCUAAAGUCGCAGUGUUCUCGGAAUAAAAUAAACGGUGGCUGGCAGGAUUGUGAGUAUGGCAAUAAUAUCCCCGACUCCCCCCUCCAGGCCUUUCUGAUUGACGCCCAUGACUCCAAGUUCAAGACUCAUCCCUUCGACCCGUGUGACAUCUGCCUCAAAAGCCGUGUCAGGAUGGGAUUCAGGGAGGAGGAUUUGCCUGCAACUCACGAAACCGGCAAGCGUAUUUCCACCAUCCUCUCUCCCACCUGCGGCGGCGCGGAUCCCCUGCUGACGUUGUCCUCUUAUCUCAGCUGCCUCACCAGGCGGACGCCGCGCACCACGGGGGAGCUUGUCUCGUUCUUCCACAAUUUCGGAAAUGCACUGCAACAAUCAUCUACACAGUUGUCUAAACUGGGCUCUGCCCUCACCACUCGACAUGACGACUGCCCCAGGUGGGACCGUCUUGCUGCCGACGACCUCCAAGUCAUCAAGUACGCCCGAGGCUCCGACCCUCCCAACUCCAACCACGACAAGGUCCAUGCCAAGACCCUGUCCACGCUGCUUGGCUGUGGCAUCGAUAAUGCCGACUGCCAACAACUCAUGAAGCCCAUCACCUACCGGGCCUACGCCCUGUACUCUUCCAGCUUCGUCCACGACUACCUCAGCUGGACGGUGUAUCUACCAGACAGACUGUGGGAGUCACUGCUCAAGUUGCACUGCGAUCUCGAGGAGCUUCAAUGUCACGACUCCAGGGCCAAGCCCCUCCACCAGUGUGACAAGGCCAUGCCACUCCUCUACUCUCACGGGUUCACUCCGCCGGACGGGGCACUGCAGCCGUCACUCACGUGUUCGAAGGUCAUCGCCAAGCUGGAGGCAGUGGUCAACGGACAGCCUAUCGCAAGCCUCAUGACCGCCAUGGACCUUUUCCUCUACCACAUCCGUGCCCCCUUCCUCUUCACCAUCACAGCACUCUGGCUCACCGCCACGCUCUACAUCGCCCACUCACUCCUCUACCGCAUGGACGUCCUCCGCAUCCGCUCGCACCUCCUCACCACCAGGGCCUCCAACCUCAUCGACGUCAAGGCGCUGCUCGCCGGCAGCCGCAGGAUGCUCUCACUCUACAAGGACGUCGACUACUUCGAGGACGACUUUCACUCGUGA